AUGUCAGACUCCUCCAGUGCGUACGAGAAGAGCCCUUUCGAUGACCCGUCCACAGAUAUCGUCCUUCGAAGCUCUGAUGAUGUCGAAUUCCACGUUCACCGACUCAUACUCUCGCUGGCGUCCGUUGUCUUCACCGACAUUCUCUCUCUACCGCAGGACCCUCAAUCUAAGCAUGUCGAUGGAAAACCGACAGUAGACUUGCUGGAGGAUGGAAACACUCUGCGCCACCUCCUCCUGUACUGCUAUCCAACCCCCAAGCCCCGCCUGGAACAUCCAAACGAGAUAAUCCCCGUGCUAAAGGCGGCUUUCAAGUACGAGAUGCAUGGACCUCGCGAAGAACUCAUCACAGCCCUGCGACACGCCGCUCACGUCGACCCCGUGCGCGUCUGGUCCUUCGCGGUCUCCCAAAACGGCCUCGACGACGUCGUCCGCCGCGCCGCCAGACACAUCAAGUCCCACAUGAGUGGCGCACCCGCGCUCGCCAUGCUGGAGAAGAACCUGAGGGCCGCAGGCCUCGAGGAGGUCCUCUCUGAGGUCAGCACAGGGGCGUACUUCCGUCUCCGUGAGUACAUCGGCGGCCCCGACGGGACAACCCCCCUCCGUCUGGAGCCUGCGCUGUCGGAGUCGGAUGCGGCCGCGGACGCGCCACUGAGCGCGCUCGAGCUCGCGAAGACGUGCGCCACGUUCAUACCCGCCCACCCUCCCCCCGACGCGACCCUGCGAUGCUCGGACGGCGUCGAGCUCAAGGUGCACCUGCUAGAGCUCGUCCGAUGCAAACUCGGCUCGUGCCCUGAGGACGGGGACCCCGCGGUGUACCGUGUCGACGCGCGAGGGCACGUCGUCGUGUGCGUGCUCCAGGUUUGUUACGCGAAGGGGGAUCUCGACUUCAUGUCUACCUUCGAUCACGUAGCCGGCAUCCUUUCCACAUUUCGGUCGCUCCACGUGUGCGCAGACCUGGAAUCCAGGGUCAAGCGUUAUUGGGACACGAAGGUGGCGCGAUCCGUACAACGUGGGGACGGCGCCCCUCUGGAAGCUUACCUUGCGGCAGUGCAGUACGGACUCAAGCAAGAGGAGAUCAAGGCGGCGGUGAGAUGCACCUUAGAAAGGACGCUCGUCGAAGUACCGUACAUGGAGGAAGCCUCGGCUCUGGCUUACCACAAAUUAUUGACAUACUCAUCCCCUGGCUGGAGGGGAUACGAAGGAAGUGGAAGUCCCAUACAUGCCACUGCCAUUUCCAAACGACAAGCUGGAUGGAAGUGGAGCUGA